UGCUUUCUUUACCUGGGACCUAUCUGAAUGCAUGGCCAGUCUGAACUCAUCUUGGGACAGUGAUUUCCUCCUUGCUCGGGGUACUUGGGGAACAUAGAGGAAUGUGCUGGUUUAUAAUAGAUAUGGAGCCCUAGGCCUGUGUCCUAUCAGGUGCUGAGCGUGCCUCCACAGACCCGCCCAAUAGAAAAUUGUUGUGGAAAACCCAAUGGUGAAUAUAAAAUAUAUAAGUAGUUUUAUCACUUGACCUAGUAAUUCAGCUUCCAGAAACUUCUCUAGUGUUCCUAUGGUUUUACAGUUUUAGAUAAUAUUACCUUCUUGUAAAAUGAGUCACAAAUUCAGAUGCAUCCUCAUUGUUUAGUUAAAUUGGAUUCCUGGAGUCAAAACAAACUUCUUUUCCACAAGGUUGUUUGACUUCAGGAUUCUAUUUUUCUUUUCUGUGAUUUAAUUAUUUUGUGUAUCUUCUCAGGAUUCCCACCUUCCAGUAUAAUUUUUAUACCCCUGCACCACAUCUACAUGUAGAUUUCAGGAUAUUUAUGAGAUAACCCUUGGGCCUAUAGAAAUUCAAUAGCUGUAGCCAGGAGGUUUGACUCAUGCCUUUAAUUCCAGUACUCAGGCUGCACGGGCAGGUGGAUCUCUGUGAGUUAGAGGCCAGUCUGAUGGGUCGAGGCCAGCCAAGUGGACAUAGAAAGAUCCCAUCUCAAAAUACAUAAAUAAAAAUGAAAUAUAAAUAAAUAAAUAAUUAGUGCUAUGAUGAUUAGUAUUCUCCUGCCUCAGUUAUGAUUACACCCAAUCCUCACAUAUAUUACUCUAACCAUCCUGAAGCCAUGUCCAAUCUCAGCUGUCAUGAUAUUAAGAAGUACUGGUUCAUUAUUAUGAAUAUGAAAUUAGGAGCAGUUUACAGGCACUGGGAUUGUGUUGAGGUUCAGAGCGCUUGCUGCUCUUGCAGAGGACCUGGGUUUAGUUUUCAGCAUGCUGGCUCACCAACAUCCCUAACUUCAGUUUCGGGGAUCCCUCUUCAGAACUCCAUGAGCACCAGUCCCAUGUGUGGUACCCACACAUAUGUGAACCAAAACACUACUUUUUAAAAAGCUACAGUUUUCAGGGUUUUGACGGAAGCUGUUAAUCAUUAUUUUACAAGCUAAUUGUAAGUGAAAGAUGACUGCAAAGCAAAACAAAUUUCUAAACUUUCUACUUUGAUUUUUGCCAGGAUGGCAAACCAUGAUAAACUCGCCCAUGAGGGAAAGAAAGCUCAUCAUGUCGGUGAAAUGGUACUUCCUUCAGCUGUAGGGUAAUGGCUGUGCUGCACGGUGUUCUGUCCAGAAUGGUCCCCACAUCAGGGCAGAUCUCUGCCAUUGAGCUGCGACCCAGCACUUCCCCAUACUUUUGUGAAGUUGCUGAAAAAUUAACACCAGUUAUUUUUUCAACAGUGAUGCUAAGAAGAACAUCAUAGGUGCAGAAGCUUAAGUCAAACGCUAACAGAUUGAAUUCUGCCCUAGAAAUAACAACAGAGUGAUGGGUGUGCCCAUGAUCAUGGGUACUUGGGAGCCUGCGGUGGGAACAAGGUUGGAGGCCAGAAUUCGGGUAAAUCUGGGCAGAGAGAAGAGGAAGACAAAGGAACAAAACUGCCUUAUUCCCUCAGGAAGCAUUAAACAAACAAUAACAACAACAAUGAAGCAAAACCAGAACUCAUGAAGGUUAAGUAUGUAUCCAGGAGAAGCCACAUUCGGCGCUGAAGGAACUCUUAUCCUUGCAGGGCUCCUGCUCUGGAGGAGGCUGCACAACGUGAAAUUCCCUCUCUUGACCAAAAAGGACUUCAAGCAACUAGAUUCCAGCACAAGAAUCUUUGGCUCCUUGGCAUCUCCACAGCCUCUUCUCCCAAAGCACAGACUUCUGGGGACCUGGAUGCUGCAGGAGUUUGAAAGCAGAAAGUGUCAAAAAGCGGUUGAGAAGUUAUUGAAAGAAACAAUGCCUGCAAAGAGCCCAAUGUCGGUGAAAGAUGUGGACCCACAGACACUCACAGAGCCCUCUGGUCAACUCUCGGGAAAUGUUCUCCAGAGAAGACUGCCUGCCAAAUCAGGACGUUUGAAAAACUCAAGGAGAGCAAGUGCUCCGAAAAUGAGCAUCAGCAUUGACCAGGAGACGGACUAUGCCGAAGUGGUUCUGUCUGUAGGAGAAAUCACACAGGGAGAGGAGAUUAGGAGGACAAUGAACAAUAAAGAGCUGAAAGCAAGAGAGGCCCACAAUAUCUCACAGGCUGUGUGCACUCUGCUGAAUUCUGGAGGGGGCGUGGUCAAGGCUCGCAUUAAGAAUUCUAAUUACAGCCUCAUCAGAGAUGGUGUAGGACUGGAUUUGGAAGAUUCUUUUCGUGAAAUUGUUCUAUUUCCUCAUAAAUACCGAGACUACAUGCAGAACAAAGGGUACUUUUUAAUUUUUGUGAAACCGUGGGUCCCGGAUAUCUCUGGUCAGCGAGUCCUUACCUUGAAAACCAAUUUCUAUGUGAGAAAUUUGUCAACUUCAUAUGAAAUGAAAGGUCCUGAUGCAGUGAAGUUCCUCAAAGACAAGAAGAACUCUGAAGGGAGAUCGUGUUCAAGACAGAGCUUGCCUGCAUCAUGUGACUCUGAUGAAUGCCUUGCCACGUUUUUUAACAGAGAAAAGUUGACCCUGGGGGAGACAUUCUAUUUCACUGAAUCCAAACAUGCAGAAGUUAAAAUGUCCCCUAAAGAAAAAAUUCUGGAGGUUUUCCCUAAAACUGUUUCUGCAUUUGCAAACACUGAUGGGGGAUAUUUUUUCAUUGGUUUAGAUUUGAAAAAA